CGAUCCUUAGUAAAAUCAAAAGUGUUAAAACAUGGCAGGGCUUUGGAAUGUCGCAAAAUGUUUCCUUCAGUUAUCCCCCAAUUACGUGUGUUCUUUGAGAAUGUCUAUAAGACCAAUUGGAGUUACAGUACAACCCAUAACAUUAUUCUCUACAGUUCAAACAUCUCCACCAAUAAUUUCCUCUAAGCGGUUCACCCCGGUUGUUUCGACCGUACGAAAUACGAGUUUUUUCAACAAACUGCCAGCUGACAAGUUAUGGAAAGGAGUUACCAGUGUUAGUAAUGCUGGUAAAAAACGUGGAAGAGGCAGAGCCGUUGGCAAAAAGAUGGCAAAAAAUUUAAACAAAGGACAAGUUGUUGGUGUUGGUAAAACAAAUAUGCUGUGGCCUGGACUGAACAGCCCCAUCAUUCAGGGGAGAGAGCUUAUCCAACAGAAAAAACUACCAGACGAUCCUGACAGGGAGGCCAAAUUGUUGAAGCUACGGGAUGAAAUGGGAGCAUUUAGAUUGUUGAGAUUAAGUCCUCUGGAAAGGGGUUGGUCCGGCCCAAAGCUACCUGGUAGAAGUGUAGGUCCUCCUGAUCCUGUUGGAGAAGAUAACUUCGAAGGAUUUGACACCAUCGUCCUCGAAUUCAAAACAGUGUGUAACAUGAAAGGAAAUUUGGGUCGUACUCGUCGGACAAGCGCUUUCGUUGUUACUGGUAACAGUAACGGACUUGCCGGGUUCGCUACAGGGAAAGCUCAAUUGGGUAUGACAGCACUCAGGAAGGCUAAAAAUCGUGCCGCCCAGAAACUUAUGUACGUGGAACGAUAUAAUGAACACACAGUAUUGCACGAUUUUUUUGCUGCCUUCGGCAAAACGAGGGUCUUCGUGCAAAAGAAGCCUGAAGGUUAUGGACUCAUAUGCCAUCGAGCCAUCAGAGAGAUUUGCAAAGCGGUUGGUAUCAAGGAUAUUUACGCCAAAGUCGAAGGUUCGACCAAAAAUGUACAGCACGUAGCGAAAGCCUUUAUGGUAGGCUUGCUUCAACAGAAAACAUUCGAGAAGAUCGCCGAAGAAACGAAAUUGCACGUUGUCGAGUUUCGUAAAGAACGUGAUUAUUUUCCUCAAAUAAUGGCAAAGCCAUCUGAAGUCAAAACCACAAAAGCGAUUGAUGACAUGGAUUUAAAUCUGCACCUAAACGCCGGAAAAGUUGUUUCCAAGAGGAAGAAGGGUUUUCAUUUCAACGAAUCGGAUCCGUCAUGGCAAAAUCAUCUUUCAAAAACGGAACGUUUUCGCAACCGAGAUCAAGUUAAGGUAAAUCUUCUUGUAGAACAUGGCGAAGUACGCAGUUUUUUAGCUGACAAAUAUCCAGAAUGUCGACAUGUCAAAUUCUCGAAGAAAAUGGAAGAAAGUUAACGAGUUCUGAUGCGACUCGUACUUGUUUAUUGAGUCUAUAGAGUGGAUAGUACAAUUUGAAGAUUUUUCAACA